CGAUCCCAUCUAGGAUAGGCGCGCCCCUCUUCACAACCUGGACUCUUCCACAAAUUCUAAAUCCGACUGCAGACUCACAUAACUAACUAUGGUGAAGCUUCGACAUAUUUGAUGAAUCUUUUCAAACUUUUGUCGCACGUUUGAGACGUUUAUAAGCGUCGAAUCACGGUGAAGGUGAGUUCGAGAGUCGUUUGGCGCCUUUGCAGAGGACAAUAGAUGAUCUGACACCGCAGGUGACCAGCGGCACCGACGUACCUGUUGCUUGCCGCCCACAUACCGUAGGUGUCGGCCCUGGCUUAUUGUGUGUGGCACGAGGUAGAGGAGCGUGCGGAGUUGGUAAAUCCGAGGGCAACGGGAAGAUGAGGACAGCAUUGCUUUGUUUCGUGUUCCUGGGGAUGAUGUUGCUGGGAAUUGAGGCGAAGGAUUGUGCGUGUACUGGGAAGUCGAGGUGUCACUGUGAAGGAGUCAAAGGUAAUAAGGGAGAAAAGGGUUACUCAGGAGAGGCUGGUCUACCUGGGUCGGUUGGCUAUCCGGGCUCAGAGGGUCAUCCUGGAUCAGUGGGACCAAAGGGGGACGUGGGCUACCAUGGACCUCCAGGACAAUAUGGCAAUCGGGGACCUGAGGGUAAAGAAGGAUUUGCUGGGACACCAGGUCUACCAGGCAUCCCAGGCCUUCAAGGACCAAUGGGCCAACAAGGUGCCUCAGGAUGCAAUGGAACAGAGGGGAAGAGGGGUUCAACUGGUCCACCUGGUCUCCACAGCAGUGAUGGAUUAAGAGGUUCACCUGGAGCACCUGGACCAAAGGGUGAACCUCAAACAAUUGGAAGUGGGCCACCUGGACCUAGAGGAAGAGACGGUGACCAGGGUGUCUCUGGGUCACCAGGACCGACGGGACCACCAGGGGAAGCUGGACUUCGUGGGGUUGAGGGAUUGAUAGGCCUACAUGGAGCACCAGGAUUAAAGGGUCAAGAGGGACGCAGCUCUAGUAUCCCUGGCCCUCGUGGUCUAAAGGGACACCAAGGGCCCCCUGGAGUCCCGGGACCGAAAGGGAUCAAGCUAUACGCCCACGCUCCCUUCGAUAUGAAGGGAGAGAUGGGUGAAUUGGGUGAGAAGGGCUGUAAGGGUUCACUUGGUUAUGCUCAGGGUUAUGCUGGCCACAUCCAUUUUAAAGGAGCAAAAGGGGACCAAGGGGACGUUGGUACUGAGGGAAGGCCAGGGAAGGAUGGGGAUCGAGGACCCACUGGAUAUAAGGGGAGAAAUGGGAAUCACGGUUCAGCAGGUCCUGAUGGAAUCCCUGGACCAUGGGGACAGAAAGGUGGUCAGGGUCAAGAUGGUGACCCCGGGGAGGUGACCAUGAUUGGCGAGGCCGUGUUUGGCUCCGGGGGUGCCAAAGGACAACAAGGGUUGGCUGGCCCUCCAGGUCCCACUGGAGUUACUGGUCCCCCAGGUAGCACCGGUUUCCAGGGGCCUCCUGGAUCUCCAGCUCAUAACUAUGGAGAUGAUCCCUACAAUCGCGGAGCGAAGGGUCGCAGUGGACCUAAAGGGGAUAAAGGAGACCAAGGACCCAUCAUCGACGGCGAGCCAGGCAGAGAGGGCUUUCCAGGAACAACUGGGGAAAGUGGAGACCCUGGACCCCCAGGACCAUCUGGAGACUCAGGAAAUCUUAAGGGCUUUAUAGGACCUCCAGGGGAAAAGGGAGCCAAGGGCUUGACAGGCGAACAAGGGUACAGUGGCCAAUAUGGUUUAAAAGGUCAGAAAGGAGAGGUCUGUAUGUUGUGUACAGGAAAAGGGUCUGGAGAGCCGGGACCCCCAGGACCCCCCGGUCAGCCUGGAUUCCCAGGCUUUAAUGCAGGACCAGGGCCCAAAGGAGAGCCAGGAUUCAAAGGCCCAUCAGGACCACCUGGUCAACCGGGUCCCCAUGGCCCCUCAGGUGUUCCAGGGCCCCCGGGAAUGAAGGGAAAUCCAGGUUCCCACAACCACCGCGGGAUAAAGGGAGAGAAAGGAUCCCCAGGACUAGCUGGCAGAUCGGGGAAGGAUGGAAAUCAUGGGAACACUGGCUUCCCUGGACGCAAGGGCCAACGAGGCCCCAAGGGUGAUCCGUACUAUGGGCCGACGGGUCUGAAGGGAGAUGUUGGUGUCCCAGGCCCUCCCGGACCACAGGGAUACCAAGGACCAGAUGGGUUGCCAGGUCCAGUAGGCAUAGGACCUCUUGGCCACCCAGGAUCCAAAGGCAAUAGUGGGGUACCAGGUCUACCUGGCAUAGCUGGCUACCCAGGUCAGAAAGGUGAGCCCAACAAAAGAGUGGCUUACCAGGGAGUCCCAGGCCCACCAGGACAGAUGGGUCUGCCUGGGUUACAGGGCCCCCCAGGUCCUCGUGGUAGUGUUGGUUUACAUGGACUACAUGGUUACCAGGGGGAGAAAGGAGACAGUGGUGGAUUCUCCACCCUGGGAGGACGAGGACCCACUGGAACGAAAGGUGACAAAGGGCACCCGGGACCCCCAGGUACCUCUGGAAGCGGCUACCCUGGACGACCCGGCACACUGGGAAUCCCUGGGGUUCCAGGGUCAAAGGGUGAUGUUGGGUUUGGGGCCCCAGCUCCAGUCGGCCCUAAAGGUUUCCAAGGUGGUGUUGGGGCCCGGGGACCUCCAGGAGACCCAGGGCUACUGGGACGACCAGGGAAUCCAGGACCAAUAGGUCUCAAUGGGUCACCAGGCCCCAAAGGAAGUAAAGGUGGGGUAGGUUCCCAAGGACCACCUGGUUAUGCACAUACUGACUGUACAGGAGCCACAACCGGACCACCUGGUCCGCCAGGACCAGCAGGCAGACCCGGACCUCCAGGUUUAAAUGGACCGACGGGUGCGCUUGGGGCCCCUGGCGCUCCAGGUUUUGGACGUUCAGGCCCGGCUGGUGACCCUGGGCCCCCUGGGGUCUCCGGACCCGGAGUGCAGGGACUAGAUGGACAGAAGGGAGGCAGAGGGAGAGAUGGGUUAACAGGCACACUAGGUCCUCGAGGUGAUCCUGGGCUGGAUGGAAGAUCUGGAUCGGGCCCUGACGGAUUCCCUGGAUCUGGAGGACAACCCGGCCCCAGAGGGUCGGAUGGCCGUGAUGGGGAUAAAGGCCAUAGAGGUGUACCAGGCCCUGUGGGGGACAAAGGAACCACAGGCCCUUCUGGACCAGCACCUAUCACAGACUUAUAUGGGCUCCCAGGUGACCCUGGAAAGCUUGGUCGGCUUGGUUUUCCUGGUGCAAGAGGAGACCCUGGAUAUCCUGGACCAAAAGGCAUUGAUGGGAGGGAUGGUGACCCAGGACAACAUGGGCCUAUAGGUCCCCCAGGUGAUCGUGGAGCCGAUGACCUAUAUUCAGUAGGAGGACCAGGCCCAUCUGGACCCAGGGGAGAUAUUGGGAACAUGGGUUUACCAGGUCCCCAUGGAAUAAAGGGAGUUCUGGGUUACCAUGGAGGCCUGGGACAAGACGGUAGACCCGGUCCAUACGGGCCUAAAGGAUCUAAAGGAGAGCCCAGUUAUGCUCAACCAGGCCGCAUAGGACCACCUGGACAAAAGGGCGAGCCAGCAUUGUGUAACAGCCAUGGUUCCAAGGGAGAGAGAGGCUCUCCUGGUUGCGCAGGUCGUCCAGGCUCCCAAGGGCCCACUGGAGCCAAAGGAGACCCAGGACAUCAUGGACAUCAUGGACCCCUAGGUCCUGCAGGGCCACCAGGUACCGAUGGUCCUCCAGGCCCCCCAGGACCCACUCCGUCCUAUGGAGCUCCAGGACAACCAGGGUUACCUGGCCCUCCUGGUCUCUGUGGUCCUAAAGGUAACCAGGGUCGCGAUGGCAUUCCUGGACCUGCUGGUCAGAAGGGAGAGACAUUGAUUGUGGGGUCAACUCCUGGCCUACGUGGAGAGAAUGGACAGCCAGGUCCAAAAGGAGAUGUGGGUUUUCCUGGCCCCACUGUUUUGGGGCCCCCAGGGUUUACUGGAGACCAAGGCAUUGAAGGACCCCAAGGUCCUCGUGGUGAGCCAGGGCACCGAGCCGUUUGUCUCAAAGGGCUGAAAGGAGACACUGGUCCUCAUGGCAGACCUGGAAGCCCUGGGCGACGGGGUCCACGGGGACAGCCAGGGUCUGGAGGUUAUGGAUAUAAUGGGGACAGGGGAGACACGGGCUCUCCAGGGGGCCGAGGCUUCGACGGGCCCAGAGGGGACCCAGGGCUUCCAGGGCCAUGGGGACCAAGAGCCAUCCCUGGACCUCCAGGAUCAAUAGGUGACCCAGGUCACCCUGGACCCCCAGGAUUCCCCGGUGAGACGGGUGAUCAUAGUUAUAACCCCGGCACGAAAGGACCAAGCGGGGCCAAAGGCCGGCCAGGACCAGCAGGUCGUCCAGGGCUUGACGUGUCUGGACAAGUGAGAUUCUAUCAAGGGGAUCCAGGCCCACUUGGUCACCCCGGGAACCAAGGACUUCCAGGUCCAAGUGGGCUGCCAGGACGGCCAGGAUUUGCAGGCUCCACGGGCCCGAAGGGUCAGCAUGGACACAGCCCUCCAGGCCUGCCUGGGUUCCCUGGACGCAAGGGGGACAAGGGAUCACCGGGACGGACAGGGCCGGUGGGCUACCAGGGGUCUCCGGGACAGAAGGGUUCUCGUGGCCCGUGGGGCUCCAGCACGGCAGGCCUGGCUGACAGUUUCCUGCUUGCCCGACACAGCCAGACGAUCAGAGUGCCUGACUGCCCCAGAGGUACCACCCUCAUCUACUCUGGAUACUCUCUGCUCUUCAUCAAUGGCAAUGAGAGAGCCCACGGACAAGACCUAGGCUCCAUGGGCAGCUGCCUACCACGUUUCUCCACCAUGCCCUUCUUGUUCUGUGACACGGACAACACCUGUCGCUACGCCGCCCGCAACGACUACUCCUAUUGGCUGUCGACGGAGAAGCCCAUGCCGCGCAGCAUGGACCUAAUCAGAGGAGAUGAGAUAGGGAGCUACAUCAGCAGGUGUUCAGUGUGUGAGGGCAGCUCCAAUGCCAUCGCCAUCCACAGCCAGACCACCCAGACCCCAGACUGUCCUCGUGACUGGGAAUCCCUCUGGCCUGGAUACUCCUUUGUCAUGCAAACGGGUGCGGGUGCUGAGGGGUCGGGGCAGCCGCUAGUCUCCCCAGGCUCGUGCCUGGAACACUUCCGCCAGGUCCCCUUCAUCGAGUGCCACGGCCGGGGAACCUGCAACUACUUCCCAGACUCCUACAGCUACUGGCUGGCCUCGCUCGACCCGAAUCGCAUGUUCAGUAAGCCUGUGCCCCAGACUGUGAAGGGACGUCUUCUAGAGAAUGUCAUCAGUCGCUGCCGCGUCUGCAGGAAACCCUAUUGAACAUUGCCAGGGGCCGGAACAAGAGUUUGGUAAAUUACCAUCGGGAGGAGGGGCUAAGGAGAUUGACAGGUAGUGUAGAUCAGUGGUCAGUAGCACUUUAUUUUAUGGUACUGUUUCCACUAUUAUUUAAUAGAGGUUUAUUUGCUUCAAGAAUUCACCACACUUUGUAACUAUCUGGUAUUGAAUGGUGCUUAGUAGUGCUUGUUUUAAUGGGGGGAUUAUUUAUUUUUUAAAUCAAUAAACGAACAACGAAAUGUGACUACGUGGUGCACAUGCACAAAUACAAAACAAUAUCCCACAAACACAGGUGGGAAAAAUAGCUACUUAAAUAUGAUCCCCAAUUAGAGAUAAUGAUUACCAGCUGCCUCUAAUUGGGAAUCAUACAAGACACCAACAUCGAAAAAUUCAACUAGAAUGCAACAUUGAAAUAGUAAACUAGAAUAGCCCCUAGUCACGCCCUGACCUACUACACCAUAUAGAAACAAGGGCUCUUUAUGGUCAGGGCGUGACAGCCAUUCAUAUGUUAUUAAUGUGAAAUCACCAUAACAAUACCUUGUUAUUUUCUGUACUGUAAAAUAAAGUGCUACCCUCACUCCGGGUCUUGAAGGGUACGGAUGUGGAACGGUUUUAAUCGUUUUUGUGCGUGAUCACCUUGUCCUCAGCCAUCAGCCAUGUUUCUAAGGAACUGUGUGGUUAGAGUAUGUCCGAAAGAACACCCCAUUAUAAAGACAUUGCAAUAUGAUUAUUAUCCCAUCAUUGUUAAAGUCCCAUCAAAGUAACGGUUCAUUUUACACUGACUGAGGCUGUAUGCAGGGUAAUACACUACCACCGCAGGUCACCACAUGGUGUCCAACAAACUUUGGUUCAAAUGGCAUUGGUUUUCUUUGAAAAUACUUUAGUUGAGAGUGGUAGAGCCUGCCUAGACUGCCAGAUGGCAGGGGUUGCACUUUUGGGACUAUUCCAUUAGUUCGAUUUUACCAGAUAAGCUCAAGUGAGUGUUUUGAAGCUGUCUAAUACUAUUUUAACCCAUGUCUGGUACCAAGUCCAACAUACAUGGCUGACCAGAGAGACUACUCUUGACCUCCAUACAGGGGUAUUCAGACAGUAGCUUGGUUGGUGUGGUUAAUGACACAGGAAAUAUACUUGCCUUUAUAACACUGUCAUUCAGACUGACAUAAAAUAUGUAAUUCAGACUGACAUAGUUACAGUAUGUCGUUAAAGCUAGAAUCCUUAAUUGAAACCAUAACAAAGCGGUCACCCCAGUUCUGUUUUGGUAAAAAGCUGAGGGAUGGGCCUGGAUAAAUGUAACCACUCUCAAAUUAAUAGACAGAGCUAUGGAUGCAUCAUUGAUAUCAAAAUUCUACUUUUAGCCAUAUUUUGACGCUAUACACAUUUCCACACUGUUGGAACCUUUCCAGUUCAAAAAGGUUCCUUGAGGAACCCUUGUGUACAUUUUCAAACCGGAACCUUUUUGUGAUGGAGGGGUUCCAUUUUUUCCCCUUUUUAAUAACAUACUGUAGAGGUGGUAGCCCAUCAGAACAUUGAACGUGGCUUAUUUGAAGUGUGGCUUUCAGGUAGUUCUUUCAGACCACCGGUUAGAGUAAAUGUAAUUCCUGUUCAUGUUAAGUUUGUACACUGCAACAAAAAAGUCCUUGAAUAUUUAUGCAUAUUACAUAUUCUAAUAAUAAUAACAUUGCUUAUUUAGUAUAGUAAUAAAGUGGUAACUAACCCGCAGCUUG